UUGCCCUUAUUUUAGUGUGCAGGGACAGGAAAUCAGGGCGUGGAAAUAGGGGAAAAUUGGAAAAUCUGUUUCAUGUGAUGGUGGUGGUGGCGGUGAUGGUGGUGGUGACGGCGGUGGUGGCGACAGGUGUUGGUGGUGGUGACGGCGGUGACAAUGGUGGUGGUGGUGAUAACGGCGGUGGUGAUGGUGGCGGUGGUGAUGACGGCGGUGGUGAUGGUGGUGGUGGUGACUGGUGUUGGUGGUGAUGACGGCGGUGGUGAUGGUGGUGGUGGUGAUGGUGGUGGUGGUGAUGACGGCGGUGGUGAUGGUGGUGGUGGUGAUGACGGCGGUGGUGAUGACGGCAGUGGUGACAGGUGUUGGUGGUGAUGAUGACGGCGGUGGUGAUGACGGCGGUGGUGAUGGUGGCGGUGGUGAUGGUGGUGGUGGCAGUGAUGGUGGUGGUGGUGAUGGUGAUGGCAGUGUUGAUGGUGGUGGUGGUGAUGAUGGUGUUAGACCCUCAGCAGUGAUUGGGGUCAGCCGCCAUGUCCACUCCACCAAUUCCACCUCCAUUGACAUCGGCAGCGGCAGUGAUAGACAUAAGAAGAAGAGGAGGAAGAACAAGAGGAGGAGGAGGAGGAGGAUGAAGGGGACACACAGGAAUCAAAUGGUUGGUGUAGCAGUGCUGGGAGGUGCCAUAACACAGGGCACUCCUCACCUCAACAACAGUCUCUUCAACGACAAGUAAUUCUUCACCAACAAGCUUUUCAGCAGCUUGGAGAAAUAG